CAGUCUCGGGUCCCACGACCCUCCCUUGUACCAAUAUAAAAAGAAAGUAAGUGUCAUAUCGACAUACAGGCACACAAGACACAACACACACCAGCAAAAAGCAGCAAACAAAUUUGAUCAUGGAGGAUCCGAGAAUCAGUCCGGUGAAGCCGAGAUUGGGCCGCGAAAUCGUCCUCUUCCCACUUCCCUUGCAAGGCCACAUAACUCCAAUGCUUCAGCUUGCAAACCUCCUCUACUCUCGCGGCUUCUCCAUCACCAUAGUCCACACCCACUUCAACUCUCCUAAGUCCUCCAGCUACCCUCACUUCAACUUCCAACCGGUCCCGGACGGCUUGCUAGAGGGCCAGGCCUCGACCGUAGACUUCAUAGCUCUCGUGACGCUGAUGAACGUUACUUGCGUGGGGCCGUUCCGAGACUGCUUGGCCAAGCUGUUGUCUGAUGCUCCGAAGGAUCGGAUUCCGUGCUGCUUGAUAACUGACCCGGUGUGGCACUUCCCUCAGGCGGUUGCCGACGAGCUGAACGUCCCGAGGAUGGUGCUGCGGACUAGCAGCAUCUCCUCUUUUCUCGCUUUCUGCGCGUUGCCGCUCAUGCAAGAGAAGGGUUAUCUCCCGCUCCGAGAUUCCCGGUUAGAGGAAGCAGUGCCCGAACUUCCUCCGCUCAAAGUGAAAGACCUUCACGUCAUCAACUCAAAAGACCCCGAGGAUGUCCUCAGGCUCAUCAUCGCCAUGGCCGAAACCAUGCUGGCCUCUUCCGGCCUCAUCUUCAACACCUUCGAAGAGCUUGAACCGACCAAACUGGCCGAAUGCCGCCAACGCUUCCCCGUCCCGAUCUUCACGGUCGGCCCAUUCCACAAGCAGUCCGUAGAGCCAUCAAGCAGCUUGUUGCCUCAAGAUAGGAGCUGCAUUUCGUGGCUUGAUAAGCAAGAAAAGCCCAAAUCGGUCCUCUAUGUGAGCUUCGGGAGCCUCUCAAUACUCAGCGAGGCCCAAUUUCUGGAAAUAGCCUGGGGCCUUGUGAACAGCGGCCAGCACUUCCUUUGGGUGGUCCGGCCCGGGUCGGUCCACGGGUCGGAAUGGCAUGAGGCCCUGCCGAGCGGGUUCCUAGAGGGCCUGGACGGGAGGGGCCACAUUGUGAGAUGGGCCCCGCAGCAAGAGGUCCUCGCCCACCCCGUGGUCGGCGGAUUCUGGACGCACAACGGGUGGAACUCGACGCUAGAGGCCAUCUGCGAGGGCGUGCCGAUGAUGUGCAUGCCGUUCUUCGGGGACCAGAGGGUGAAUGCAAGGUACGUAUGCAACGAGUGGAGAGUUGGAUUGCAUCUGGAAUACAAGGUGGAGAGGAGAGAGAUUGAGGAUGCGAUUAAGAGACUGAUGGUGAGCGAUGAGGGAGAGGAGAUGAGGGAGAAAAUGAAGGCUUUGAAGAGGAAGGUGGACGAGUGUCUCAAGGAUGGUGGUUCUUCGUACCGGUCUCUUCAGAAAUUGACCGAGUACUUAGGGCGCAAAUGACAAUAUUUCCCUUCCCUGGCCCUAUUUCUUGUUAAA